GGGUGGUGGGGGGAGGUAGGGCGAGGGCGAGCGUUGACUAUCCAGCAUUUUGACCAUAGAGCUUUCCUGAUUGAGGGGAGACACUGAAAAGCUUGGUUUCCGCUUCAGGCAAGAUCUUUCCCUUUUUCAGUCUGUUUCUUUUGAACAGUGGGCUAGGAGGACUUGGAGCAUCAAGCAGGGCAGGGCAGAGAUGCAGAACCUGGACACAUCCCUGCCGGUGCCGAGCGUGCAAGAGCUCGUCAGGAAUGGAGGGCUUGACGCAGUGCCUCUUAGGUACAUCAUGGACAGGGACGAUCAUGAUCAUGAUCAUGAUUCCUCUGAGUUUGAUCAUCGACUCGCAGUGCCCUGCAUCGAUAUGGCCCACCUCCUUCCUGCAGUAUCCUCCUUUUCCUCAUCCGUCCAACAACAAUCGUCGGAACUUCUUAAACUCCGAUCCGCCUCCAGGGACUGGGGCCUCUUUCAGAUAAUAAACCAUGGAGUGUCUCAAGAAUCGCUGACGCAAAUGAGGGAUGUUGUACAAGGGUUCUUUGAGCUGCCCCUGGAAGAGAAGAAGAGGUGGGCGCAGCGCUCCGGAAGCUUAGAAGGCUACGGUCAGGCAUUUGUCACAUCCGAGGACCAGAAGUUGGAGUGGUGCGAUAUGAUCUUCCUCAAGGCCCUACCUGCCAACUCUCGGAACCUUGACCUCUGGCCUCAAAAUCCUCCGCACUUCAGGUCAGCACUCGAGAUCUAUUCCGAGGAGAUGAGGCAGCUCGCAGCUAGGUUGGUGAAGUUCCUAGUAAUGGGGCUCGGGAUACAACAGGAGAUCGAGAAGUACUCUGAUGCAUUUAAUGGAGGGAACUUCGAUGUGAGGAUGAACUGCUAUCCAACAUGCCCUGAACCUGAGAAAGUGAUGGGGAUAUCGCCCCAUGCUGACAUGUCGGGAAUCACAAUGCUGGUCGAGUGCGGGGAUAUGCCUGGCCUUCAGGCCUCAAAGACCGGAAGUGGGUCACCGUUCCCCCUAUAGAUGGUGCCAUUGUCGUUAACCUCGGCCAAAUUUUGCAGAUUAUUAGCAACGGGACUUAUAAGGCGCCAGAGCAUAGAGCGGUGGCCAACAGAUACAAAGACAGAUCUUCAAUCGUAACUUUCUGUUACCCACAUCCAUCCCUCGAAAUCGGGCCUUCCAAGGAGGUUCUGGAAUCAUUGAGGAGCCUGCCCUUGUAC